CAGGCGCGGCGCCGCCGCGAGGACACGACGCUGCAGAUCCGGAAGAACAAGCGCGAGGAGGGCCUCGCGAAGCGGCGCGCGUUCCAGCGCGACGUCGCGCCCGUGCUCGCGCCGAAGCCGGACGCGGGCAACCCGGCCGCGCCGGAGCGGCCGACGGUCGCGGACAUGCCGCGGCUCCUCAACGAGAUCCAGUCGCAGGACCCGGCGGUCGUCGUCGCGGCGACGCGGGGCUGGCGCAAGCUCCUGAGCGUCGAGCCGCAGCCGCCCGUCGACGCCGUCCUCGCCACGGGCGUCGUGGCCGUCCUCGCGCGGCUCCUCGCGCACCACGCCAUGCCCGAGCUCCAGUUCGAGGCGGCCUGGGCGCUGACGAACGUCGCGUCGACGGACAAGACGCAGGCCGUCGUCGACGCGGGCGUCGUGCCCGCGAUGGUCCAGCUCAUGCAGUCGCCCAACGGCGACGUCCGCGAGCAGUGCAUCUGGUGCCUCGGCAACAUCGCCGGCGACUCGACGGAGAGCCGCGACGCCGUGCUCGCCGCGGGCCGUGCCGCGGGCGCGCUCGAGCCGCUCAUCGCGAACCUCCAGAAUCCCGCGACGACGAGCCUCCUGCGCAACGCGACGUGGUCCCUGUCGAACCUGUGCCGCGGCACGCCCAAGCCCGACGUCGCGCGCCUCGCGCCGGCGAUCCCCGUCUUGGUCGGCCUGCUCCGGUCCGACGACGUCGACACGCUCAUGGACGCGUGCUGGGCGCUGUCGUACCUGAGCGACGGCGACGAGGCGCGCAUCCAGUGCGUCGUCGACCACGGCGCGGCGGCGGCCCUGAGCCCCCUGCUCGGCCACGCGUCGCACAAGGUCGUGACGCCCGCGCUCCGGACGCUCGGCAACGUCGUCACGGGCAACGACGCGCAGACGCAGGCCGCGCUCGACGCGGGCGUGCUCGCGCACGUCGCCGCGCUGCUCGCGUCGCCGCGCAAGGCCAUCCGCAAGGAGACGUGCUGGCUCGUGUCCAACGUCGCCGCGGGCACGCCGCCGCAGAUCGCCGCGGUCGCGUCGGACGCGGCGCUCCUCAAGCUCGUCGUGCACCAGCUCGACGCGGGCGACUGGGACGUGAAGAAGGAGGCGACGUGGGUCGUGUCCAAUGUCCUGAGCGGGGGGCACAAGAACCACGUGCUCGCGCUCGUGGAGCACGGCGUCAUCAAGCCGCUCUGCGCGCUCCUCGCGACGGCGGAGGCGAAGAUCGUCACCGUCGCGCUCGACGCGCUCGAGGCGAUCCUCAAGGUGGGCCACUUCGGCGGCGUGCCCGCGGCGAACCUCGUCGACGAGGCCGACGGCGUCGAGAAGCUCGAGAACCUGCAGCACCACGAGAACGCGCGCGUCUACGAGAAGGCCGUCGGCAUCAUCGAGACCUACUUCGGCGCCGAGGACGACGAGGCGCCGGACGUCGCGCCGGACAUCGCGGGCGACGGCGCCGCCUUCUCCUUCGGC